AUGCAUCUCUACUCGCAGAGAAGGCUGGUAUACAAACCGGACCUCGGGAACUGCAUCGCCGCAAGUAAUGGUAAGCGCAUCAACGUAUACGUUAGCGAACGUUUGUGUGCGUUUCUUCCGGAGAAGCAGCAGUCAUCACUUACUCAUGCCGCUGAACGAAAGACACUCACGUUGCUGCAGACGCGGAACGACCAGCAGACCUACGAGAUCGGACUCACCGGCUCUAUCCUCUACUAUUCCUCUGGAGGUCACACCCCCAGCAGCACGUGCUGCUGCUGCUGCUGUUGCCUCUGCUGCCCCUGCUGCUGCCGCUCCUGUGGUUGCCCCAUCACCUUCUUGCACGGCCCAUUCAGGAGCCGCAGGGGCCUGCUGCAACAGCAGAUGCCGCGUCUGCCGGUGCUGCUGCUGCUGCUCGGCACUGAAGGCGGAGGAAAGAAGCCGUGCUGCGGCAGGAGACUCCGCCUCCCCUGCUGCUGCGUUAGUUAUUCGCCUCCGCUUGCUGCUGCUGCUGCUGCUAGGGGCAGCUCGCGCUGGGGCUCUUGUGUUCGACCGAGCAGCAGCAGCAGCAGCAGCGGAGAGACCCAUAUAGUGGCGCCGUGCUUCGAUGGCUAA